UAUACGUACAAGAAGAAAUUAAACCUAAAUUCCGUCCUUCAAAAUCUCAAUUGUAACUCCCUAUUCCACAACCUUCACCUUCUUCUAUUUCUUUCAUUGUUGGUUGUCUCAAUGCCAUCGAUUGUUCUUCAAUUUUCAGCUUACAAUAUUGUCACCGGCAAUGCUCCUACGGAACAACCGCCCACCACUCCGAAAAGAAAGCGCCGGCGUCAGUUGUUGCUAAAGAAUAUGAUGGCCCCAUGUCCCACCAGGAGUACAUCGAAAAACGGAGGAACGAAGCUAAUGCUUCCCAACCUUACCAAGAGUUAACUGCUGAUGUGCUGGAAAAUUCAAGCUCAGCUUUAAAGUUAGUGGAGUACGAGAGCGAUGAAAGUAGUUCUUCUGAUUGUGGAGAGUACCGAGGUGCUUCAAGUGUUUCGGAAGAGCCCUCCAGUCCUAGAAGUGAAAUACAGUACUUUCCAGUUUCUGCUAGCACAGAGGAAGCUGAUCAUAUCAAGACACAAUAUGAACAGAGCUAUCCUGCUCCAGGAGAACCUGUAUGCGUUAUGUGGAAAUUAUGGGGAGUACAUAUGCAAUGAGACUGAUGACGAUAUAUGCAGCAUGGAGUGCAAAGCUCAACUUCUUCAGAGGAUUAAGUUCCAAAAGGCCCCCAAAGUGAGCAACUCCAAGUUGCACCAUUAUCUACACAUCGAUGUACAUUGGAGGUGCCUGAAUCUGGAGGGGACACAUGGGAUCAUGAUAGGCAUCGCUGGUCAAAGAAGAUAUCUUGGCUUUGCACUUAUGAAUGGUAUAAUCAGCUAUUUAUGCACUUUUGUGAAAAUUUGCAAGCAGUUAAUGUCUGAUUCGCCAAGACUCAGAUGUUGAACUUCUAUUGUAUCUGGAUCUCGUACUGGGGAGUUCUCUGUUGUAGUUGGAAGUGCAAGAAGCCUGGACAUCUUCCAGAGGACUGAUUGAUGUUGACAUCUGGUGGAUCCUGUCGAGCAGGCGAGGUUGCUAUGGUACAAAACAGAUCCAAUACAGCAUCGAGAGAUCUUCUUGAUUUGUACAGAAGAUGCCACCAAAUUGGGAAGAAUUUCUUGAAUGCAAGGUGUAACACAUGUCGUGGAUCAACCACUUUGGCUGCUUGUCUAGGCUGUAAGAAUAACUUUUGUGAUUGUGCAGAUCAUCUGAGUGAACACAUCACGGAAAAUCAAAUACAUCAACAAUUUUAUUCGUAUAAACUUAACUGUCUGGUUAAAUGUUGUAAGUCGACUUGCCUGGUGACUAGUAUCAAGGAUCUCUUAGCUUGUCAUUAUUGUUUUGAUAAAGCUUUUGACAAGUUCUAUGAUAUGUACUCCGCAACGUGGAAACCUGCUGGACUAUCAAUCAUUGGGAAUUCUAUCUGCUGUGAAGAUCACUUUGAGUGGCAUCGGAUGAACUGUUUGAACGCAAAUGUAGAAGAUAACGCCUAUAUUUUAAAGAAUAAAAACGUCAGGGACAAGAAAUGCGCGCAGCUGCGCGACUUUAUGUUUUGAAAGUGUAAGUCAGUGGAUUUUUGUAAUAUCCCAAAUUUUGUGACAUUUAUUUAAGAUAUGUCGAUUGGAAAUUUCAUUUAUGAAAUUUAAAUUGUUGCUA